AUGGAAAGGAAGUGGUGUAACUUUAUGAAGAAGGUAUUUGUGAGGAACAUCCCUUGGUUAAGUUUGAACACUAGGUUGAAGGAGGUGGGAUGUGGAGUGUUGAAAAAGAGUGUUUUUGGACAGUUUAUGGAUUUGGUUGACGUCCACCUGAGUGAUAAUAUUUUCCAUUGCUUGAUCUUAUCCCAACUUUCAUCUAGUAAUGAUAGUGCGUUAAAGUUUAAGAUAUUUGAUCGCGUGUGUGUAUUUGAUUCCGAGUCUUUCCGUCUUAUUAUUGGUUUGGAUUCUUGUGUUGGCGAUUUUAAUGUUGUGUCUAGCAGACCAAAUAGAUUGUUGAGACUUUAUUUUCCAAAUCAGGAUAGAAUAAGGUUGGGUGAUCUCAAGAUUUUCUUACAGAUUAAGUCAAGUAAUCGUAGUGGUGGAUUUUGGGAAAGAUCUAGUGAUCCUGUUAGACUUGUUGAGGUCUAUAUAAUGGAGAGGGUUUUGUUGGUUCGUAAUGAGAGAUGUGUUGUUAAAGGUCAUCUAAUGAAGAUAAUUGAUGAUGACAGUCUUCGAGUGUCUUAUCCUUGGGAUUCAAGAAAUUUAUUGUCCAUGUUUGUUGUUGUUGGUACGGAACAAGAGAUGCUGGAUUAUCCAGUUGCACUUAAAUUUCCUGAUGAUUCAGGCUCUUGUUCUUCCAGUGCGGUUUUGCCAUCUCAACUUACUUCUCAGAUAGUUGAUGGUGUUUUGUCUAGUGUGAAGAAGCAACUUGAUGAUGAACGAUCUAUAAUUAUCAAUCAAGUAAAGUCUUUGGAUAGCCGUUUCGAAGAAUUGGAUAAAAAAUUUGUUGGUGCGAUUAAUGCUGUGGAUAGCUUAGUUCGUGUACAUGAUGAAACAAAGUCAUGUGUAGCAGCUUCUAAAAGUGCUAAAAGAACUUGUUUAGAAAGUAGACUUGACAGUUUGGAAAGUAAAUUUGAUUAUGUGAUGCAUUGUGUUGAAAGUUUUGUUCGACUGCAUAGCGAAAACAAAUCUUGUAAAGCUUGUGCAUAUGGUAAAAUACAACCUGAUUUGGGUUAUUCAGUGAAUGAUGAGGUGAAGUUAGAUGCACAUCUUGGAAAAAAUUUGCCGGAACGUAUGGAGAAUAUGAUUUGUAAAGCAAGGUCUACAAAAAAUGUGACCUCUCCCAUGCUCGAUAUGCUCUGUGAUGCUGCUAUUUCUUCAUCAAGUCAACUGUUUGAUAAAACUCAAACUCUUUCUCAGUUUGAAAAGGAAUUUGUGAAAGAAAAUGAAAACGCAAAAAAGAAGCACUUAAAGAAAUUGCCGCAAUUAAUGAUGCUUUUCAAUGCGAGAUUAUGCGUUUUCUUCUAA